AUGGAUGAGCUUCGGCGAGACGGAAUACUCUGGUACAAAAUACACGUUUUCGUCUACGAUCUUCGCAAUUUCCGUUCGAGCGAUAAGUCUCGCGACCGGCUCGAGUCUGUUGUCGACACAUACUAUAUCGGACCGCCAUACUUCAGCGCCACCGAAGCAGACAACAUCCUCCACACCAUCGCCGAUCCUGAGACCGGCAAGAUUUUGAGAGAGAUACUAGAUGACUUCUUCGCGCAGAAGCUGGAGAAGCGAAUAAAGGCGAGGACGAAGGAGACGGCCGAUUACAGAGUGUGUGCGGCGCACGAUCUCGCUCCUAUCGUCGAAAAGGCCUUUCGCAUUCAUCCCAAGGACCUCGCGAAGAAUAAGGGAUUCGUGAAAUUGUUGAAUAAGAGGGGACUGGGCGCUUUGAGUGAAGGAGGAGUUUGGAAGGGUCUUGGAAAACGGUAG